AUGUCAAUAAUAAACUUCUCUUACGCAUCUUCGGAUAAUCUUGCCAUGAGAGAAAUGUCAUCCGAUGAUAGUGAUGAUAAUGAUGAUGUACAAGAAGAACGUCGUACAUAUGAUCUCAAAAGACUGCGUCACUUUCUAUUGACAGCCAACGCUGAACAACUUGCAGCGAAACGUGAAAAACAAGAUUUCUACAAACGAGAAUUGAUCCAUGAAUAUCUUCGAUCAUUAUCCGACUCAAAUCCUGAUCGAUUACAAGAAGUUCGAAAACGCUUCACCUACUGUAGUGUUCAAGAUAUUUUUCAAGGAACGCUGUGUCGUCGUCGGCGUGCAAUCGAAAAAUAA